AGGCAGAGGAGGGGAAGACCAGAAACGUGGACUCGCUGGGGGGCGGGUGACCUGACCGCUCUCGGCGUUUGCCCCAGAACAGAACAAACGCGAGGCACGAGAAGUCGAGAAAUUGACCGGGUAAAACUGCCCCCGUUCCCUUCCUCCUCCUCUUCCUCCCUCCUCGGCUCGUCCACACGGCGUCGGUGCGGCGACGGCGCCAGCACCAGCACGAAGCAUUCGGCUCGCCCUCGGGGGAGCUUCCUUCCGCUGCAGCUACCAUCCCAUCAUCAGCUAUCCCUUUGAGCUAUUCGGUUGUUCUGGGCGCAGGUUGGAACUGGCUUGGCGUAAAGGUUUCACCGUCACGGGGGCCGCGGGAUUUGGCGCAUGGGGGGCUCCGUCAGCUGCAUAUGGGGCGGCUCCAAGUCGGGGAGAGAUCAAACUGGUCAAGCCGCCGCGGCGUCUCCUCGUUCUGGCCGUUUAUUAUCAAGAUCCGGAAGAAAUGUACAAGUAUUUUCCCUAAAAGACUUGAAGUCUGCCACACGGAAUUUUAACAUGAUGAACUGCAUUGGCCGUGGGGGUUUCGGACCAGUUUAUAAGGGAAACCUCAAAGACGGCAGUCAAGUUGCAAUUAAAAUGCUAUCAGCUGAAUCAAAGCAAGGAACUAGCGAAUUCUUGACAGAAAUCGAUGUCAUAUCAAAUGUCAGGCACCCCAACCUUGUAAAGCUGAUUGGUUGCUGUGUCGAAGGGAAUAACAGAUUAUUGGUGUAUGAAUAUGCGGAGAACAACAGUUUGUCAAAUGCUUUGCUUGGACCAAAGAAUAGAUGUAUCCCAUUGAACUGGCAAAAAAGAGCUGCGAUCUGUAUUGGAACUGCUUCUGGUCUUGCAUUCCUUCACGAGGAAGCACAACCACGCAUUGUCCACCGUGAUAUCAAGGCUAGCAACAUUUUACUUGAUAAGAAACUACUCCCUAAAAUUGGAGAUUUUGGACUGGCAAAGCUUUUCCCUGAUGCAAUCACUCACAUUAGCACACGUGUUGCAGGAACAAUGGGUUACUUAGCACCAGAGUAUGCCUUGUUGGGACAGUUGACCAAGAAAGCAGAUAUAUAUAGUUUUGGGGUGCUUGUUCUUGAAGUGAUAAGUGGUCAAAGCAGCAGUAAAUCGAAUUGGGGGCCUGAUAUGCAUGUACUUGUGGAAUGGACGUGGAAGCUGCGAGAAGGAGAAAGGCUUUUGGAGAUUGUUGAUCCAGACCUGGAAGAAUACCCAGAGGAGCAAGUGCUUCGUUUCAUCAAGGUGGCACUCCUAUGUACCCAAGCAACAGCGCAGCAGAGGCCAUCCAUGAAGCAGGUGGUGCACAUGCUAUCUAACCAAACAGAAAUCGAUCUGCAAAAUGCAGUCCCACCGGGUGUGCUGAAAGAACCCCGUCGUCAAAUGGGUAGUUUGGGGGGUUUGACACAGGACACGUCCUCAAGUCAAAGCACCAGAGGCAACCCGGCUGGAUCCUGCACUACACAGACCGGAGACAUGAACAGCUGUCAGUUUAGCACGACCGAGGUGUUGCCUAGAUGAUAAGGUGGACGAGCUUACAAGCUUGUUUACCACCUUCAGAAGACGCACACACUGCCACGAGGUUUUGCUGUGCCGAGUGCUGAUACGGUUUUGCUUGAAAUGAAAAUUGAACAUAAUAUACUUCAAGCCCUGACCCAUAUUUAUCCUGAUUCAGGAAUUUCACAGGAUGUGAGGAGAGUAGCUGUAAAUUGCUGUUGUGCAGAAUGUGUAGUUCAAUUUUGUCAAAGGUUACCACAUGUUAUUCUUUAAUGCCUGGUUUUGGGAUGCACUGCAAGAACAGUAUCCUCGGAACUUCACAGUACAAGGAGGAUGUGGUGAAAUUCAUGAUGACUGAACAUACGGUGUAGAAAUUAUGGUUGGGACAUGAAUAGUUGGUUUCCGGCAAUAGGUUAUAAGCUGCAUUUUAUUUUAUUUUUUCUCACAGAGGGAUACUAGGACGCUGGAAUUCUUUUUCAUAGUGGGAUACUGCCAUGUUUAUCAUAAACAACUGUCCGGACUUGUAAUGUGGAACUCUGUAAAGCUUGUGUCUGAAAUUUUCAAUUACAGAGCUAUAGAUUAUUCCCCAGAA